CACUCCUUCGUAUAUAAGCGACCGACUACCCCGAAAGCUAGUGGCCCUGUACUUCACAUCCAGCUUUCCCCUACCGUCUGAAGAGUCGCUUCCUCUUCGCGACUUCACGUCGUCUGUUUUGUCUCUUUGGAGAUAUUUCAGCUUCUUGUUUUGUUUACAAGAAGUUUGGUUUGGAUUACUUGUCCUUGAGAAAAAAGCGAUAAUCGCUGUAGAUUUUUUUUUUUUUACUCUGUGAUCGUUGCUCUUUUUCAGUUGAUCAUUGAGCUUUUCUUUCGUAGAAAAACAAAUUCUCAUUAUUUCAGCAGAAAUUUCACGUUUUUCCGGAUUUCUCUGCUCCUUCUGUCAGGAUUUACUCGCAGCUUCUUGCUCUGGUUCUUCUUGUACACUAGUUUUCGACAUUCGAAGCGUUUCUGCGUUGACUCGCUCGAUUGUUUGUCCCUAGGUCCUGUCCCGAUCUGUCCUAUUACUACCACUACUACUGCUAUUACUGUCUUGUCUGCAGUCGUCCAAUUCUCUCUUUGGUCGGCGAUUUAGCGUGUUUUGACUUCCGCUUCUACCCGUCACAGUUCUCUCGUAUUUCCGUCCGAACGUUUCCUCCCGCUUGAAUUAUAGCUGCCUCGUUUGUUUCUCCGUGUCCUUUUUUCUCGUUCUGUUCCCUCCUGUUUCUUUUUGCCUCUUAUUCCUUCCGUUAUUCGUAUAUCCGGUUUGGUUUUAACCUAUAGAAAAAUGACUUCUUGUUUCGUUAAACCCCACGACCAGUUGUUGGCUUCCACUGCUCGUUUGGGAGCGUUGGGUGUCGCCGUCCAGAACUCAUACCCUUCCAUUGCUCCCAACAGCACAUCUUCUGCCUCUGCAGCCUCUGCUUCUCUCUCAGACGCGGGAAAGAUCGAGCAUGAGUACCGCAGCUUCCGACUUUCUACACCUCCCUCUGCAGACCAGUCGCUUCUGGUGCCUCCACCCCGCAUGACGGACUCGGCGUCUCCUGCUAGUCCUUGGGCAAUUGAUUUCCAUCACACAGAUGCCUUGCCAGCGCCACCAGUCAAGUCGAUCAUAGCUGCUUCUGACCUGGUGCUCAACCGAGAGCAGUUGCGUACAGAGGCACCUGCAAACGUUGCCGAGCACAGCCCUCUCACCCCCAUCCGUCGCCCUCAACUUUGUCAGUUUCCUCACCGUCUCCCAUUGACCUCUUCGGUCACUUCGUUGCCGGCGUACGUUCCUCGUUACAGUGUUCAUUCAACCAUCUACAAACCAGCAACCCCAGCACCCUCCUACAGAGUGCCUGAUCCGGCAGAGUCCGAGUAUGCGCGGGCUCUCUGUGAGGACAGCGAAAUCAAUGACGAUGGUUUGCUUUUGAAGGCUGACCAGCGUUUGUGCGACUAUGCUCCCUCCGGUUCGUUCAACGGUGCGGGUCAGGAAGACGACGAGCUGUUCGAUCCGUGUUAUGGCGAUGAUGAUGACCUGGAUCCCCAUGACGGUUUGUCUUCAGCAGCAACUCUGGAUGAAGUUUCUCCCAAAUAUACAAAAAUGCUUGCUGCCCAAGCAGCUGAGCUUCUCUCUUCGCUCGGAAGUGAGCAACAGGAGGAUGAGAAGUUCAAGAACUCUAAAUUCUUAGCCUUUCUCGCGGAUGUGCGGGACGAAAAGGUUUCGUUUGAAAAGUAGCCAUCGACAAGUUUGGCUCGACAAAGACUGCAUGCUUCUUCUACUGCUUCCACUGUAGCCAAUACAGGUUCGUGCGAUUUUAAUUCUUCGGUGGUUUUCAUACUCUGCCUUUUAUUGUUUAAUAACGAAGUCUGUCUUGUCUUGCGUAGCUGUUAGUAGCAUAUGCACUGUCCCGCGUCUUGUUGCCCCGUGUAUGCUUUCUACCAUCAUAUCAAAAGAAAAAAAAACGCCGAUGUCGGUUAGUCAUUGCGUCGACACACUCUUUGAAUUUGCUUACCAAGUCCUGAUACUGCAAUUCAACUGCUCCCCUCUUAUCUUCUUCGUUUUUAAUAUUUAUUAGCCUACGUCGUUCUGUUUUCCGUUUUAGCUAUGAUACUCUUCUUUCUUCUGUGUUGUUAGUGAA